AUGUCAUUGAGAUUCUCUUAUGAGAAGUAUAUGAACCUUAUACAGUACCCGGAACACUGGGGAAACCCAAUACCCCAAGAAAUAUCCAAGAAAGUGAUCUAUAACACCUUGUCACCCUGUAUAUGCGUUCAGAGUAAUUCUGUACUCGAUAACCACCUAAGAGAAAUGUAUAACAUCGAUUCGGUUUCGAUGUUAUUUCGAUACUUUGGCGAUUACAUUCAAGAUAGAGAUCAAAUCGCAUCUGCAAGUAAUCUAAAUCUAGAUGGGGUAAAUAAUGGGGGCGCAGGGGUGAAAUCUAGGAGAAGACAUCGUUCAGACUCUUUAUCCCAGAGACAAGCAUCUGAAUGCGUACGAUUCACGCGAUCCCUUGAAGACCUUAUUUCGAUAGACUCAGAGGAUCAUAUUCUACAACCUAAUGAUAUCGAUCGAUUUCUCUCACAAUAUCUAGAGAAACUAGAACCUUUGAUGGAGAAACAUGAUAGCCCUAGUAAAAUUUUAAAGCAUUCCAUUUAUCACCGAUUUUUCAUCACACUCUCCUCCAUAAACCUCUCGCGAUACCAUACUUUCCAUCAUCCAGUAGCGGCCCUCUUACCAAUAGAUAUCACAAAAGGGCAAGGCUAUGAUUAUGCGAAAGAGAUUCUAAUCAGCUUCAAAAAUUUGCAUAAUAACCUAAGCCAUUUCCCCGAAUUCAUCAACAUAAAUGAUAUUUUACCCAUAUUCGUUCUUUGUUAUGAUGAGAAUUCUAGGGAACAAUGGGAGGCUGUACAGUCUCUUAUCAAGAGCUUAAAAAAACAGUUGUUCGUAGAGAGUGUUCCAAUUCCUCUCUUCACCACUUACGAACAUGCUCCACUAACCACAUUGCAUUCACCAAUUACUGUAUCAUUACACGAACAAGUAUUCAGCAUGUCAAAUCCAGUGUCAAUUAACGUACCAUCAAUUCUACUGAACCACAUUUAUGAUACGAUCACAUCUAUAGUAGAGGGUCUGAUGAUUCCUUUUAUGCAUAGGAAGCUAGUAUUUUGGGAUGAAACUGUCUUACAACCUCGAAAGAGUAUAUUUCAAAGCAACAAAUUCUUCAGAAAGUUUAUAUCCCCCAAAACUAAUCACCCUACUCCACAUAAAAUAAUUAAAAACCAGGAUACAGGCGCAGAAGAUAUUAUGUUCCCUGCUGGAUCCCCCGAGUUUCUUUUAAGGAAACUUGCAGAUUGGUCAUUCAUGUUAUCUGACUUCAAAAAGGCAUAUUCGAUCUAUGAUUUGUUAACCAAAGAUUUUGAAGCAUAUCCUCAAUAUUUAGCUCCAUGUCUUGAAGCAAAGUCUGUUUCUUUAUUAAUGGGUGCCCAAAAUAUUAUAACUGCUAAAACGAUUAAAACAGAAGUCGAUCCAUUGAUGAAACGCGCCAUUGAGCAGUAUAAAAAAGAAGAUGGAAAACAUGACCUUCAUUUAAUACAUUGCAUUUUGACAUUUUCCGAUUUGCUACUCUCCCUAAGUGACACAUGGGUUUCAUCUCCAUUGGCAAUAAACUAUCUUACUUAUAUUCUAAACUUCAAUUUAUUGGGUCCGUAUGCUUCUGUUAUCAUUUGGGAAAGAAUUGCAUAUGCUUACGAGAUUUGUAUUGAUCUGAGAGUUAGUGAACAUACUUUACCGAGAGUCGAUGAACUGAAGGCACUAGAUAUAGACGAUGAAAGUAGAGAAAGCAUUGCUGAGAAAGGUAACGAUUAUGAAGAAAAUAGAUGGGAGAAUCCUGAUAAAUUGGUGUUUGAUAAUUUAAGGUCUGAAGGUUUAACAAGAUUUAGAAAAUAUUCUCUAUACCAACUAGUUGCUGCAAAAAAAUGGACUGAACUACACAAGGAUAACCAGGCCAAGUGGUGUAUGUACCAAGCCACACCCGUUUACGAGAAAUUAAAAUUAUCCAAGAGAGAAGAUGGCCUAUUCCAUAGAUUAAAUGUUUCCCUAUCUUGA